AUUCAUAACCCCAAAAAACGGAAUCCGGCUUUUAUGCAUUUCACGCAUAGAAAAAGUGAUCUAGUGUUGAGUUUUUUGUGUUCUAGGAUACUAAAUAAAUUUCGAAAAUGACGGAAGAACGAAUAAAUACUGAGGACAUGUGGACUCCUUACAAGGAGUUACAAAAUCUCGUGGAACGUUAUGUUACAUCCUUUUCAAGCACACACGAUCCACAAUUCCAUGAAUUUUCAGAAGCCUUGAGAAAUCACAGACAGAACUUCCUAACGCUCUUAAAAAACCCACCAAAGAAUUCCAAGAGUCGAGAAGAAAUUCUCAAAGGGGACGUGGAGGGAAUAACAUCUCCGGGGUUGGGGCACCAGCUAUUAUCGAAGGAAUUGAUAGAUGAAACCUUAAUAAUAUCAGAAAUGUAUAAACUGAACGAAUUCAUGGCAUUGGACCUUUUGUACACAGCACAAUUGCAAAUGCCUUAUCAUCCUGGAUUGACGAGAGGAUUAACAGCUGUUCUUUUAUACUACGAUGGGAGAAAAGCUCUUACGACGGCCUUGAGAACUUUGGUUCAGGCGAGAGCUGGACACAGUUGGAUGCUAGAUAUUCCAGUUUUGCUCACAAAGCAAAUUACGGAGUAUACGAACAGACUUCAGGAAGACGGUUUAUUGGAUAGAAUUGUUUCUUUGCUUGAAGAAAUGGACCCCACAAAGGAACAAGAUUUACUGCAACAGAAUCGAGCUUUGGGAGGGGCGAAGCACCAUUACAUGGUGAUGAAGCUUUUCAAUGACACUCGACAAGAUUUGGCUGAUAUUCUCUACAUGUGGUCAGCGCAAUCAUCGUUACCGAGCACGAUUACAUUCCGUCUAUUAACAUUAUUGCAAAAUCGCCAACCGGAAUCUGACGCUGGGGAAGGAAAACCAGAUGAUGUUACGUUGGCUAUGAUUAUGGCUGUGUUAAAUGCUAUUAAUCUUAGCCCACUCCAUAGUCGCGAGGAUGGCGAAGAAAUCGUAAAAUCGAUGCCACUAAUUUCCGAAAGAGGAAUGCUGGAAGAAUUGGUCCAGAAACUAACAACGGGAAACAUCAUCUGGGAAAGUGCAGGACUCCGAGGCCUGAUUCAGUUUGUUCUGGCGAUAGCAGUGACGACAAUAAAGUCAGCCCCUAACUUGUGUCCGAACCAGAACAUCACGAAAGAAGAUGAGAUUCUAGUGGAAGCAGCUCUUUCCAACAAAGCUUUUCACUUCGUCGCGGAAGUUAUUUUCAGAAGCGACCAUUUCCACCACGAAGAGUUCUUCGUUCGCUAUUUUCAUACCCUCAUUUCCGAUUUCAUUCUCCUGAUGCCAUUGAAAGUGAAGGAGUUGAGGAGCAGAGCUGAUGAGUCCAUGAGGUUGAUUCAAGCCUAUCAGCAGGAAGGAAUUGAACCUCCGAUGAAUUUGGACGACCACUUUGAAUUCUUGAUGUUGAUGGUCGCAGAAUUGUACAAAAAGGACCCGCUAAAUUUGAAUUUGGCAAUGGAUUACUGGUGCCAGCAUUCUGAUUCUUCACAUGUUCCAAACGCUCUUCAUAGUAAUAGAUUGCCUUCGAGACAAGCAGCUUUGUUCAAGUUUGUUCGCUUGGCGGGAGAAAUUUUACCGGCUGGAUUGUUCGUCCCAUAUUUGAGGAUGUUGGCUUCUUUGGCUUCUUCGCCUCAAGCUGCUAGACAAGUUUUUAAUUUCCUUAAACCGAAUGGGACAACCGGGUCAUCAACCAUCUCGUGGGAUCAUUUCUUUACCUCUCUUGGCCGGUAUUACUACAAUCUUCGACAGGAAUUACCACCAACCCAGGACACAGUCUACCGUCAAAGAAUUCACACACGAGGAAUAACACCUCACGAAGUGAAAGGCCUUGAAUCAGUUCUCCUGGUCGUUCAAGUAGUGGCAAGGAACGAUGAAAUGUCUAGAGUGGCUUUGUGUGAUCAUCCAGGUUGGAAAGUUCUGCCUUCAUUGGUAGGCUUAGUGAGUUGUGCGAUGCCAAUUCCUCUCAAGGGAGUUUUUAUUCGAACCUUAGCAGCUCUUGCAAGAUCUCCCGAAAGUGCAACUACCGUCUGGCAAAGUCUUGAAGCUGCUCAAAUUCUGUCGACGAUACCAAGUACUAGCAGUUACCAACCACGAGGUGUUCAAACCGAACUUGAAGAAAUUGAAUCUAGAAACGAGGAAUAUCCUUUAACUAGAGCAAUGCUGGAAUUGCUUGAUGUACUCACCGACUUUCCUAUUCCUAGACUCCUGGGAGUCGGUCAAAGAAAUCCUGGAUUCGACCCGUAUUUGUACUUCAUUAUCAAUACUGUCUUUCUAAGAUUCAACACCCGUUCAUACAAAAAUCCUGUAGAGAAAUGGGAAGUGGCAAAGGCUUGUUUAAAGAUAUUCAACAAGUUGAUUAAACAGUAUGAACCAAGUGUAGAAGACUUUGUUGGAUGCAAGGUAGAACUGCAGGGUGGAGAAUCAACACUCGUGAAUCCAAAUCCUGGGUAUCACUUGCUGAAGCAACUGCAUUCAAAUUCAGAGCUUCUUCAUGUCAUUCUUUAUAUUUUGGAUGAAGGGUGUCAUCAUUUGGAUACCUACGAUUCCUUCCCAGGGAAGAAAUAUCUGGAACAAAGUACACUCCAUUGUCUGGAGAUAUUGGAACAAGGUCUUCGUCUUCAACAUCAGUACAUGACAAUCGACUCAUCGUCAAUAGGAACUCCAAGCAAUAAAAUUUCGACCGGACUCUCGCGUCUUCUCCUCGGCGUGAAUCCUCGAACUGGAAAGCCAGAUCACAUGAUCAAUGUUGCAAAAUACGUCUCCUACAAUUCAUGGCUUCGUAGACAUGCCUACGUAUCGGUUGGUGUUAUUCAAGCAGUAUCGAGUGAACCUGGUGCAGAUUCUGAAUUGCUUUCGACUUUUACGUGUACACCUGCUCUGUCAACGAAUAUCAGACAUGGAUUUGUCGAAUGUCUAGAUAUGGAUGAUAACACGGAAUUUGAAGACGAAAUGAGUAAGGAAAAGCAGCAUAUGGGUCAUUGCAAGGAGAGGAUUUUACUGCUGAUGAUGCAGAGUAUUACCCGUCCGGCUGCAAAUCUAGCCCACUUCCUUCUGGGAUUCGACAUCAGCAAAGAUAUCAGGAAAACGGUCAUUCAGCAACCUGGGAUUCUUGGCUUUCCGAGAACUUGUUUACAUUCUAUAUUGGGGAUUCUAGAGCUGUCUUUGGAGAGAGGAAGAGAUAAAAUUACGGAAGCUUGUUACUGGUUUCUUCAUACUUUAGCGGCGAAUAACAAGACUUCUACUCCCGUUUUGAGAUUUUUGAGGACGGCGACUAAUCAAGAUUUUGUGCAAAGGCAUCUGUCGAAGCUACCGUUUCAGGGUCCAAACAGAGCAACUGAACUAGCUUGCAUGUCCUGGUUACUAAAAAUCGCUGCCAUUGAAUUACGCGUAGGAGGAGGAUCCCUACAAAAUUCCCUGAUCCAAAGACUAAUCGGCAGUCCAGACCAAGAUCGAAACCAAGUCGUACCUUCACAGAAGCUGCUGAUGGAUCUUCUUCACUACAUCGAUUUCCAACUUCAACUAGAACCUCCGAGAUCCUGGGAAUUUUUCGACCCAUCGCAAGUCGAAAUGGUCUUAGGACGUUGCAGUGUCCCUGUAGCUUUAACUGGAGGCCCACAACUUAUAGACGUCAAAAAACUUCACGCUUUCAUAACAGAAGAACUCGCUGUGACCCAGAGUAGUGCCACAGCCACUCAGCGAAAGUUAAUGCAACAGGAGCUACAAUCAAUCCUUGCCUACGCCCUAAAAAGAAACCAAACAAAAACUCUAUCCUUCGCUACUGUAAAAUUUGUAGAAGGCUGGUGCCAAACUACAGAAAUCCUGUUUUCAAUCGCAACAAGUCAACAACUUCCAGCUGCUCAGAGGCAAAAUCUUCUUUUGAAUUUGUCACACGAUCUGCUCCAGAAGAUGACGUCAUGUGAGGCUUUAAACGAAAUCAAAACUCUUGUUUCCGGAACUGUCUUGAUUCUUCUGGUGAAUUUAAGAAACAGUUUUGUCCUUCAAUCUGAAGGGGAGAGUCUCUUUAAUUCGCCUUCGAGUACAACGACGAUGAAGAUUAUACUGAACCACAUCCUCCAGUGGAUUUUAAAUUCAGAAGCUUCUUCGCAGAAGGUCAGAACACAUUUGUACGGAGCCUUCUUGAACUUCCUGUGCGUCGUCGGAUUGGAAAAAUCGGAAGCUGCGAACGUCAUGGACUCGAUGUAUGUCAGCCAGUUGGAUAAUUCGUUGUAUAGGGCUCUGCCGAUGCAAGAGCGAUCACACCGUUACGCAACUAUCCAGGUUAUCAAUAGUUUUGGGGAUAAACUGAUGGAUAUUUUAUGCCACAAUUGCUCUGGAGGACACGACGUUUGUAAAAUGUUAGCGCUUUCGUGUUUGGAUAAGAUUUUAGAACUGGAUUGCGAUAACGACUGGGUGAUUUAUUUAACAAGUAGAGGAUACUUGAAGCAUAUGAUUGACAGCUUGUUGGAAUCGGAUGGUUUAUUGAAGUGCAUUCUUCAACCAGAUCCACAGACUUUGAGGCCUUUGUAUCUUUAUGAGGCGAAAAUGGCGGCGUUUUGCAGAAUGGCCUCAACGAGAUUGGGAGCUGAGAAUUUGCUGGAAAACAAAGUUUUGUCUUGUUUAUCGAGCAUGGGUAUUUUUGAUCAACAUCCGGAUGUUCAUGUUGGAUUUGAAGGGGGAGAUUCUUCCUUUGUGCCGAGUGUAGGUCAGCGAUAUCAGCAGAUUUUCUUGCCGGCUUUGUAUCUUUGUGAUGCUUUGCUGACAACCCUUGGAACUGAAAAUCAAUCUUGCUCGGUGCAAGUUUGUGGAUUUCUUCAGAGCCAUCGAGACACUGUGGAAACGGCUUUGAGAAAUGCUUUGCCGCAUUCUAAUACGCUCUUUUUGAAAGAGGUUGCGUGUCUUACGGGAGUUAUCGCCAGAUCUGCAAAUAUCGAUAUGUACGCCCUAGUGGAUGAAGAGUUGGAAAAGGAUGAUGAAUAUAGAGGAAGGGAUAUUACAGGAAUGAGAGAACUUGGAGCUCAUCUUUAUCGGUUGCAGAAACUAAUGCUAUCAUUGCUCACGAAAUUCCAACCACAGCCACUUGACACUCACUCAAAUCUUCCAAAAUCUGAUUCUGAUCAGCAACACUUUUCCUGUGUCCAAAUUGCUGCCAAUGUUAUGCUCUACGCUCGUAAUCAGAUGCAACAUAACCAACGAAUUAAAAAUGUUCUUUUCGAGGCACUGUUGAUCCAGAAACCAGACAGAAGAGAUGGAAGACUUCAAGACUCAAGCGGUGGCAUGCAAUUAGGAAUUGUGAUUGAACAUUUAAUAGCAGCCACUUCCCUUAUUCACUCAGAAUUACCCUUCAUUGAUUCCCUCAUAAAAAAAGCCGCAAUGGUCAGGGAAAUGAGUACAGCUGAUCUUAAAAAGUAUCUAACUGAGGAGGAAGCAGAACUUGAAGUAGGAAAACAAAGAAUGGUCGUGGAACAAAGAUUGGGACAACAGGCAAAAGAUAAAAGACAAAAUGUUAAAUACUGUUCGCUUUUACUCGAACAUAGUCUCUACAUUCUUUGGAGUCACUUGGACUUUUAUACGAUGCAAGCAUCAUUACGACAAAACAAAUCACAAGUUCAUUCAGUUGGAAUGGAUGAAAGCACUACGGAGUGGAGAACGUCGAGUGAAUUAAUCUCCGAUCUGAAGCAAGGUGUCACCUCCGUUUUCACCGAAAGUUUCGUUACGCAGCUCUUAUUUACACACAGUGAAUAUACGACAGUCGACCGAUCUUUCAUUGAAGCACUGAUCAGGCGAAUUAAAAGGCUGCUCCAAUUUAUUAUAGCAAAGUAAAAUACUGUUCCCUUAGGGUUCAAAUUCUGUAAAAUAUUUAUUCCAAUAAGAAUAUUAGUACAUACCUUUAAAAUCAGCCUUUUUAUCAAUCCUUAGGACAAGUAAAUGUUAUUAUGAUUUCUAA